CCGGAACCGAAAGUCAAGACCUUACGCAGAGCAUGCGACGGGCAGAGAAGAAGCGACCGGACGAAGAGAAGUCUGCACGGGCAAACUCAUCACAUUCUUCAGUGACACAUUGAUCAGAUCCCACCUCUUCGAUGACGUCGAAGGAUCUGGAUUCGACCCUCAGAGUGGUUGUUUAAAGCAGGAUGGAGUCUGGAAGAGGUCCGGGCAGCAGAUGACCGGCCACGCAGGGCUCAGUGAUGGAGGACCUGCGCCUCACCAGGGGAGGAAGUGGACAAGAGAAGAAGAAGUGUCCUUUCUAGGAUGGUUAGAGACAAUCCUGAUAGGAGAGUCACGCAGAGCAGGAAACAGAACCCCGCAACGGAGACGCAGAACCAAAGUCAACCACAAGGGGAACCCGCGGAACCAGAAGGAGCUGAGCCAGAGGGAAUUCAGCCGGAGAACCAAGAGCCCACGGAGAGUCAGCUGGAUUUACUGCAGUGGAGAAAACUGAAGUUACACGAAGAACCUGACACCUGGUGCCAACCGAUCACCGGAGCUGAAGCGGAGGGCUUCCCCACCCACCUCCGUCCGUUCAGCAGCGCGGCGGAGUACCGACUGGUGAAGCGCACCUACCAGCAGCUGCAGCACAGCGGCUACUACUGGGGGGCGAUGGCCAUGGAGGCGGCGCACGGCCUCCUCGCGCGGGCGCCGCUGGGCACCUUCCUCAUCAGAGACAGCGGCCAGCCAGAUGUGUUCUUCACGCUGAGUUACCAGAGCGCCGACGGCCCGACGAGCGUCCGCGUGCAGCUGAGCGACCUGCUCUUCGGCCUGAGCGGCAGCCACAGGACCUUUGCGUCGCUCUUCGGCCUGCUCACCUACUACACCGGCUCGGCCUGCAAGCUGACGGCGCCGUACCGCCGGCAGCGCCCGGAGCGCCUGAAGCAGAUGUGCAGGAGGGCGCUCACCAGCGCCCACGGAGCGGAGAACAUCGGCACCUUCCCCGGACUCAGCGCUCAAGUCAAAGACUACGUCCAGGCGUACCCGUGUUGCAUAUAGGCGCCCCGCGUUUUGCCCGUCGUUUGUGUGAUAAGUUAAAAAAUAUAUAUGUUGUGGCAUCACAAGGGGCCAGGUGGUGGAGGGACGCUACAUUCCCACUCAAGUGCAGUGGGCACAUGUCAAAAUGGCCACUCGGGUGGAAACUACAGCUCCCAGACUGCCUCACCACUCACACAGCUGCAGGUGCUUAGACAGCUAAUUGAGGGGCUGGGAAGCUUAAGAGGAGACAGAGGGGAGAGCAGAAGGAGGGAAGGAGCUGGACAAGCCAGGAGUGGAAGGGCCUCCUGAACGAACCCAAGCCCAAGAGAACGAACAAGAGGAGGACUUUGUUAAGUGGACUUUGUUUGAAGAUAAGCUUUUGUUUAAAGAACUUCCCCCCCCCCCCCGAGACGCUUUUUGUAGAGUAAUUGACUUUUUUAUUUCGUUUGACUGAAUAAACCUCCUAGACGGCACAAGGGACGGCCCGUGACGUGACAAUAUUCAGAAUUGCAAUUUGAGUAUUUCAUCUGCAAGUUGCAAUCAUUUGCACAGAAUACUCGAGAUGCAUGUCAUCCUGUCUUGAUGAAUUACCUGUGUAAUCUGCUGCUGUUUAAAGCGGCGUUGAUUGAUGUCGGACCAAAAGAGAUGCAGAUAACAUCAAAAGAAGCUGAAAUAAACAGGUACAAAUAUUAGCAAACGUUUUUUUAUGUCUGACCACUAAGGUAUAUCAGGGUCUAAUAUUCGCUCUUCUUUUACUCUUUUCAAUAGAAGCCUUGAGGCGUGACGGCCAAUCGUGUUUUUUAAUCCCGCGAGACAAUUAUCUCGGACAAGAGAGUUGUUUUCCGGGUUCGUAAUCUCAUUAUUUUUGGGAAAAUUCCAUUUCUCUGGAUAAUUGGACAAAUACCUCAUUUUCAAGAGAGAAAAGCAACAGGUUGUUUUUUCUUGAGAUAAAUUAUAGAUGAGUCCAGCUGAACUUCACGCCUCAUACAUUUGGUUCAAAUCAACAGGAUUAUAAUAUACGGGCCUCGUUGGAAUGAAGGCGUAUCGGAAGAGUUGCGGUUUCUGGGAAUAAGUAAUGACUCGAUUCAGUUCUCACAUUGAUUCUUGCAAUGUUUGUAUUCAGUCCUAUGAAAACAACAGACUAUUGUAAGAAUGUGAUGCUUUUAAAAACAUGUAUUUGACGUUGAAUAUAUAAAUAAGGCUGAUACUGACAAAGUGGGAAACUGUAAUAAAAUAGUCCCCUGUGGUAAACGUCUAUGUCACGUGACCACUCAGCCCAGAGCACCGCCUCACAGAGCAGCUAUGAUGUGAACUCAGUCUGUGUAAUAAACUCAUAUUUACAGUC